GCCAGCUGGCCUUUUGAUGAAAACAUAUACUAAAGGAAUGAAAAAAAGAUAGCCGACGUUGACACGUCGUCUGGAAUCUCCGUUUGGUGGCGCUCGCACCUCGAGCUGCCUUACUCUUCGGCCGUAGUCCCAUAUCCUCCUCUAUCGGCCUUUCCGUCCUCGGGUUCUUCGGCUCUCAACAUGUCCGUCUUCAGAUAUACUACUCCUGCAUUUGCCGUACCAACUAUUUCCUACAACGACCGGUGUAAUAAAGUAUCUGAGUUCUCUACUAGACGAGCACAUAUGCCCCACUCCCUCGCUGAGGUGUUUCUGUGCAUGUGGGGUAGUUCUCACGGGUUGCAUUGCAAUGACUUGUUUCUUGGCUGCAAUCUUUCUCAUCACCUACUUAAAGUUCAUGGAAUUCGUGGCUCAGACAAUUCCCACGUCAUAUGCAAGUGGGAUAGUUGUGAUCUGGAGGUGAACAAAGAAAGCCUCUCGAGGCAUGUGGAAGAGAGGCAUUUAAGGAUUGUGCACUCCUGUGAAUGCGGGAAGACGUUCUCGCGUAGAGAUACCCUCAGCCGACACAGAAGGGACGUGCAUCGCCUAGAGUUCGCAUCUUAAUACUGAGUAAUUGGUAUACCGGUAUGUAGUAUACGUAGCAGUCUAGAGUCCAGAUAUGCAGUUCGAAAUCAUAAAGUGAAUAUUAUAUGUGAACGCGUGUACAUGUAU